GACCCAAGCAAGGGGGCGAGGAUGGAAAAGGAGAGCAACGCGCCCCCCCACUAUGGAUCCCUGGAGACAACCAAGUGGAAAGCCGCAGAUGCAGGCAAAGAGGAUGAAAUAGUGUCCAUGGCUGACUCCACAACCACCAUUGAUGACAUCGAAGGGGAGCUGUUCAAAAUUGAGAGGAUCCGUGAAGUCCUGGUGAGGCGGGAGUCAGAGCUCAGAUACAUGAUGGAUGACAUACAGCUGUGUAAGGAAAUCAGCCGAUUGAAAAAGGAGUUGCAGAAACUGAUUGCAAUGCCAGAGAAUAAAAAAUCCAAAGAUGACAAGCAGCAGGAGGAGGAGUUGGUACAACAGAUUCACAAACUUGUUGAGACUCGGGAUUUCCUUGUGGACGAUGUGGAGUUUGAAAGGCUCAGAGAACGAGAAGAAGACAAGGAGAUGGCUGAGUUUUUGAAGAACAAGUUCUCCAAAGCCUGCCUUCUGAAAACAACUCCUGCAAAAGAAAAGAAGGUGAUGUCAAGAGGACAGCAAACUUCUACCCCUUAUGUAACAAAGACAGGCCUCACCCUCCUGAAAGAGUGCUGCGGCUUCACCUGCUCAGUCAUGUAG